AGUUGUGUAGAUCACUGAGAGACUCGGAGGGUCCAGUUCAGUUUUAAUUCUGUCUCUAAUCUCCGCACCAGCAGCGCCUUCCCCAUCCCGAGCCCAGCUCUCUCUCGCUACCUGGCCGCCAGAGCCGACUCGCCGCCGCCGCCGCCGCCGCCGCCGCCGCCGCUGCCUCCAUCGCCGCCGCCGCCGCCGCCUUCGCGGGCACUUCCCGGUGGGCUGCUGCCAGCGUUCCCGGAGCCCCCACCCCACCCUCCUGGGCGCCGCCAGCCCCGUGCCCACUUUCCCCGGCCAUGGAGAGCCGAGCAGCCCCAGUGGCCCCGGACGAUCGAGCCUGAGGACCCGGGCGGAGGAGGCGGACGAAAUGAAGACCUUCAUGCGCCACGGGCUGGCCGUGUGCCUGGCGCUCACCACCAUGUGUACCAGCUUGUUGCUCAUGUACAGCGGCCUCGGCGGCGGCCAGAAGGAGCCCCCCCAGCAGCGGGAGCAACAGCAGGCAGCGGCGAGGGCCAGCGGCAAGCCGGCUGAGGAGAGCAACGGGCGCCUGGGGCUGGCUGGCGGCAGCGGGCACUUGGGGCAGGCUCCGCAACGCCCCGGAAUUCCUCAGGGAGGGCGACUGCUGGAUGGCUACAUCAGCGUCCUGGAUCAUAAGUCCCUGAAGAUGCACUGCAAAGACUGUGCCCUGGUGACGAGCUCAGGACACCUUCUGGGGAGCCACCAGGGAGAGCGCAUCGACCAGACGGAAUGUGUGAUCCGCAUGAACGACGCGCCCACCCGCGGCUACGGCCGGGACGUGGGCAACAAGACCAGCCUGCGCGUCAUCGCCCACUCGAGCAUCCAGCGGAUUCUGCACAAGCGCCAGGAGCUCUUGAACACGAGCCAGGGCACCGUGUUCAUCUUCUGGGGGCCCAGCAGCUACAUGCGCAGGGACGGCAAAGGGCUGGUCUACAACAACCUCCAGCUCAUGAACCAGAUCCUCCCUCGCCUCAAGGUCUUCAUGGUCACACGGCACAAGAUGCUCCACUUCGAUGAGCUCUUCAAACAGGAAACCGGCAAAGACAGGAGGAUCUCCAACACUUGGCUCAGCACCGGCUGGUUCACCAUGACCAUCGCACUGGAGCUCUGCGAGCGGAUCAAUGUCUACGGCAUGGUGCCCCCCGACUUCUGCAGGGACCCCGGGCACCCUUCGGUGCCUUACCACUACUACGAGCCUUCGGGGCCGGACGAAUGCACGAUGUACAUCUCCCACGAGCGGGGCCGGAAGGGCAGCCACCACCGCUUCAUCACGGAGAAGCGAGUCUUUGAGAGCUGGGCCCGGGCGUUCAACAUCCACUUCUUUCAGCCGCACUGGAAGCCAGAGUCGCUCGCCACCCGCCGCCCAGAGACCAAGCCCGCCUUCUGAAGGGAGCCGCCGCCUCCGGGCUCCUGGCCAGGGAGAACGGGAGGGUCCCGGUCCUGGGGAUGGGGAGGGCCCGGUUGCAGCCCUCCAGGACGGCACAGCACCUGCUUUUCCUUUUCACACCAAUGUAGCCGACGGGUCCGGCCGAAGGGGCACCGUCCCCUCCCGGCAGACCAGGCCGCCGCUGCUGAAAAGUCCGCUUCUCUUUGGCCUGCCUUCAGAGCCAGGCAGAGCCGGGAGGACGGGGCCGCCAUCCCCCCACAGUCGCUCCUGAAGGGGACGUGGCCCGUGUCUCAGCUGCCGUCGCCCUCCCGCCGCCACCUCUCCGGACCCCUGUGGGCAGCCUCGGCCAUCGCCGUGGCUCUUCAGUCGCCCCUUGCCACGCCUUUCUCCGUGCGAAUCGACAGGACGGACCUAGCGGGGAGUCUCAGCGACACUCGAGGCCUUGCUGGCCUCUGCGCUCCCGCCUGCGGUUUUCUUUCUCGCGGUCCUGUCUGUCUCUAAUGAAAAUUGCUGAUGGCUCGGGGAGGCCUCCCUCCCCGGCGAUGGUG